GGAAGGGAGGGGCACCGCCCAAAGCACCUCCAUAUCUUUUGCUUCACUCGUCUUAUCUGUAUCGCCUCAAUUUUUCGCUUCUCGCUGUGAUCAUGGACCGUCUGAGCGUGAUAAGCGGCCACCUGUCUUCCUCGGCGCAGCCAGCUCCCGCCACGAGCACCACGCCCUCAUCUCCCACACGCAGUGGUCGCAAGAGCGCCCUGGUGGACCCCCUGCAGUUCAUGCAGCUCGACGCCAUGCUUAGCGCCGGGGAGCGGUCUUUGCGGCAGAGGGCCAGGCGUGUGCUGGAGGAGGGGCGGGACGACAAGCUGCUCAACGAGCUCUAUGAGAGGGCGGAGUUCUCGCCCGCCCUCGUGGACCUCGCCAAACAACUGGGACCCGCCGGACUGCAGAUCAAGGGCAACGGUGAGGGGGGCAAGGAGGGAAUAAGGCGUGUCAGUCUGUACGCCCAUUCUGUCUUUCUGUCUGCCUGCCUCCCUGUCUGUCUGUGUUGAUUGAGUCAGGUUGCCCUGGUCUGACUCAGAGUGAGACGCUGGUGCUGGCCAUAGAACUGGGCCGCCUCGACGCGUCGUUCGCCACCUUCUACCUGGUGCACAGCGGACUCGCAAUGGCCUCCAUCAAUGUCGCAGGCACGCCCGAGCAGAAGGCCAGGUGGCUGCCACGCAUGGCCAGGUACGAGCUCAUCGGCGCCUUCGGCCUCACCGAGCCUGACUACGGCAGCAACGCCACUGGCCUGCAGACAACUGGUGAGCACACACGCCCGUCACUGUGGACUAUUCCACGUUCCUGAGUCACUGUGGGCUUGUUGUCACUCAACUCACUGUCGUGCAGCUCGGAAAGUGCCCGGCGGCUGGGUGCUGAACGGGCACAAGCGUUGGAUCGGCAAUGCGACCUUCUGCGACAUCAUCGUGGUGUGGGCGCGCGACACGGCGAGCAACGCCAUCAAGGGCUUCGUGGUGGAGAAGGGCAUGAAGGGCUUCAAGCCACACAAGAUCGACAACAAGAUGUCGCUGCGGAUCGUCCAGAACGCCGACUUCGUUCUGGACGAGUGCUUCGUCCCAGAGGACAACCACCUCUCGGCCGCCAAAAAGUUCUCAGGUGCGUCAGUCAGUCAGUCACCUCAGCCUGCGCGGGCCUCACGAGUGUGAUCGAUCUGCAAAGGAGACGUGUGCUGCUUGCCUUGCGUGUGCGGCAGAUGGUACUCAGAUGGUGUUGGAGUCGUCGCGGGCUGUAGUGGCGGCGAGCGCGGCGGGCUGCCUCCUCGGUGAGUGAGCCCUUCGGUCGGUCGAUCGGCCGAUGGCGACCACGACAAGAGAGAGAUAGAGCACUUUGGUGCCGGCGCAUGUGUAUGUCGGCUGUGCGCUCUGCGUGUGUGCAGGUGCGUAUGAGCGAGCGCUGCAGUACUGCAUGGACCGCACCCAGUUCAACAAGCCCCUGGCGUCCUUCCAACUCGUCCAGGAGAGACUCAUGCGCGCACUCGGACACCUACAGGCAAGCAAUCAAUCAAUGGGUGGACAGACGAACGGACACAGGACAGAAACCUCUCAUUCGCUCUCGCUCUCUCUGUGUGUGGUGCGUGCAGGCCUCCAUUCUGACGGUGAUUCGCCUCGGUCGCAUGAUGGACGAGGUCAGCCAGCACAGCACAGCACCCACACAACCACACCAACACAACAAAGUCAUCCACAGACAGACAGACAGACAGAUCGACCGACCGACCAAAUGAAUGCCAUUUGUGUGUGUGUGUGCAGGGCCAGGCUACGAUGGCCCAGAUAGCGUUGGCCAAGGCCUGGGUGACCCGCACCGCCCGCGAGGCCGUGGCGCUGUGCCGGGAGGUCGUGGGGGGCAACGGCAUCAUAUCCGACUUCGGCACCAUCAAGCCCCUCAUGGACCUGGAGGCCAUCUACACCUACGAGGGCACGUACGACGUCAACAUGCUCAUCGCCGGCAGACUCGUCACGGGGCUAUCAGCCUUCGUCUAGCUCUUGUGCAGGUCUGCCCAUCCAUCCAUCCAUCCAGGAAUUUUAUCCUUGGUGUAGUCGACGCAGGCCGCCGGCAGCUCUGUGAGCGAGUCGGCGGCCAUGCGUGCGUGUGGCCUUUUUCUCGGUUAUCUGUUGUUAGUGUAAUAAUGUUGUGUCUGUCUGUUCGAAUGUGUCUGUGUCUGUGUCGGUCGCCGGCCGCUUUGUGGCCAAGCUACUUUUCCCGGAAGGCGUCACGAGGCUGCGUGGGUUUGUGUGUGUCUUUCUCUCUCACAAUGACUGCGUUGUAUGUAUGUCAACUGACAUGCGUGGGUGUGGUGUGUGGUGUGCGCGAGCAGGGGGCGUGGAGAGACAUGCCAUCCCCCGGUCGCAUACGCCUCAGUCUCGUCAGUAGAGAGAAGUAUUGAGACCACCGGCAUUCGUGCAGCGGGCUGGUGGCAAUAUCUGAUUCUGAUGUCGUUCAUGGCGCACGCGACUUCGUAAUCAACCGAAAUUCCA